GUUAGAAUGAGCAGGAGUGUGCAGCUCUCCAGUGCCUGGAAAAACUGUCACUUACAGAUCAGUGUGCCAAACAGGGAGAGCAUGGCGGUGGUCUCGGCGAUGUCCUGGGCCCUGUACCUGUGGAUAAGUGCCUGUGCCAUGCUGCUCUGCCACGGAGCCCUCCAGCACACCUUCCAGCAGUCCCACCUGCACAGACCAGAAGGAGGGACGUGUGAAGUGAUAGCCGCGCACAGAUGCUGUAAUAAGAACCGCAUCGAGGAGCGGUCGCAGACGGUGAAGUGCUCCUGUCUACCUGGGAAAGUGGCCGGAACGACCAGGAACCGGCCUUCCUGUGUGGACG